UUAAGGAGACGUCAGUUGGCUGCUGGGUCUGUCGGAGCCGGGCGGAAGGAGCGGAGUGUGAGGGAAGUGUCAGCGCUGGGCUCGGGACAUAGGGACGCGCUGUGGGACUGAGAGCGCUCGGCGGAACUUUAGGGAAACCUACGACUGAGCUCCAACCCCUCUGGGGUCCACGGACUAUUUGUAUCUCCCGUUGGGUUUCCCGGACUGGCCCCUCGGAUCCCGCUGGAUAAUAACCCUCCGUCCCCGUAUGGAGAAGUAUCUCCCGCAGCUCCUGGCUGAGAAGGACUCGCUCGACCCUUCAUUUCCUCACGCGCUCAAUAUGGUGAAGGAAGAGAUUGAAAAUAUACAGAAGGGAGAAGACGACACAGAUGACCAGUAUAUCGACGUGGUGAUCAAUAAGAAUAUGAAGUUGGCACAAAAAGUCUUAAUUCCUAUUAAACAAUUCCCUAAGUUUAACUUUGUCGGCAAACUUCUGGGGCCCCGUGGGAACUCCUUGAAAAGACUGCAAGAAGAUACGCUCACUAAGAUGUCCAUUCUGGGCAAAGGGUCUAUGAGAGAUAAAGCAAAGGAGGAAGAGUUGAGGAAAAGUGGAGAAGCUAAAUACUAUCAUCUGAAUGAUGACCUCCACGUCCUUAUUGAAGUGUUUGCCCCCCCAGCAGAGGCCUAUGCCAGGAUGGGACACGCACUGGAAGAAAUCAAGAAAUUUCUCAUUCCUGAUUAUAACGAUGAAAUCAGGCAAGCGCAACUGCAAGAACUCACCUAUUUAAAUGGCGGCCCCGAAACUACAGAAGCCCCAGCAGUUCGUGGAAAACCUUCGUUACGGGCUCGGGGAGUACCAGUACCUGCGUUACCCAGGGGACGUGGUGGUGUCCCUCCAGCACCUACAGGAGUACCAAGAGGGGCACCUGCUCCCAGAGGUGUAACACCAGCGAGGGUAUCCUCUGCACGUGCCCGCGGACUGGUCGCAACAAGAGCAAGGGGCAUCCCACCACCAGCAGGGUAUCGGCCUCCACCUCCAGUUCAAGACACCUAUGGAGAAUAUGAUUACGACGACGGCUACGGCACGGCUUAUGAUGAACAGAGCUACGACUCGUACGACAAUAACUAUAACUCACAAGGACAAAGUACAGCAGAUUACUAUGAUUAUGGACAUGGGCUUGGGGAAGAUUCAUAUGACUCCUAUGGGCAAGACGAUUGGGCUAACUCCAGGCACAAAGCUCCACCCGCAAGAGCAUGCAAAGGAACCUACAGAGAGCAGCCAUAUGCAAGAUAUUGAUUGUACAGUCUGACGUUGUGAAUUAUCAAGUCUCCUCCAGCCCUGUAUACUGUUCAAAGUAAUUUUUUUCUAUGAACACUCCCUUUAUAUUAAAACGUUCUAAUUCUUUAAAUGGAUGGACUGAACCGACUUUUUUUUUUUUUUUUUCGAAAGACCAAAUGUAAAAAAAAAAGUUGUAAUAUGACAUUAUUAUGUUAUUUUUUAGUCUGUAUUUGAAAAAUAGGUGGUCAAAAGGAUGAACUUAACUUUGAUUAACUAGUGUUAAACAAGUUUAGAGUUCCUAAAUCUGUUAAUCCAUUCAUUUAACAUAAGCGUAAUAUUUUUAUUCCAUUCACUACAUUUCGCUUGUAAAACUGCAUAAGGAGAAAACUACAAAUGCAAAUAACGUGGUAUCUUUUUGUAACAAGUCAUGAAAUGUACUGUAGUGUUGAGCAAAAUUUACUGUUGCUUAAUACUAAAUAAACUUUUGAAAUUAAACGCAUUGUGUGUGAAACAGUAAUUUUAUGCAUUAUUUUUUUUUUUUUUUUAAAGAAAAAUUAUAAAUAGUAGUAAACAGGAAAAAAUAUAUCCAUAAAAGGUUUCCAUUAAACCUUGUGCAGUUGCUUUUUAAAAAUUGGUAUAAACUUAAAUCUUCUCUACAUUUGCUUGUUAUCGUAGGUCUAAAUGCUGGAUAAAGUAUCCAAAUGGUAUCGCGAUUAAAACUGCAAACCAAAUUAUGUACUUAAAAUUGUUUUAAACUAGACUGAAUUCACUGGCAAUAAAAUGUGACUAGUUUGA